AUGAUGAUGAUGAUGGUGGUGGUGGUGGCGCAUGAUGCUCAUCAACCUGUCGGGCUCGCUCUCAGCGGUACCGACGGGUGCUGCACCUCAAGGUGCCGUCCUGUACGGAGCGCCCUGCUGUGCCGCGAUAUUUCUUCAAGCCCGUGCCCCCCUAAAGUUCAGGUAAUAAGUGUACCUGGCCGCCACCCAGCCUGCUCGCUGACGACCUGUUUCCCACCACCCAUCCGUGCUCCUCCCAAGCCCGCCACAGCACGCCACGCAGAUUCCGGGCGGAAUCGCACAGCUAGCACGAGUCAAGCACCACUCGUCUGCCGAGCAUCUCAGACUCGAGCCCUGACGACGAUUGACAUCACACAAGGCCCCGGCGAUGGGCCAGCUGUCUGCAACGGUGCUCCGCCGUCUCGACCCCUGUUGCGCUCUGCACAGACAAACUCUAUCCCCGAGGCCUUGCGAGACACCUGCCAGGAUGACUGCUCUAGGGGUGCUCGAAAAGGGAAAUCGGCUGAUGUCGGACCUUGGACCAUCGCAGCCGUGCGCGCAGAGGUAGGGUGCCGGCCGGGCCACGGGGAAACGGCAUCGCGGAUGCGGUCUGAACAUCAUCGAUGCGGCCUCGGAGACGAGCACGUUGUCGCUUGCAGCAUUGGUGGAAUGAGCCCUGCGUCGUUCGAUCAGUGGGGACCUGCUCACACCUUGUGA